UGAUGGAAUCUCAAAAUGAAAAUGUGACUUAUUAAUUAUCAUCUUUAUUCCUUUGUCUUUUCUCUCUUUGAAAUAACUUCCCCCCAACCUCUACUCUUCCAUUUCUUCCUCCGCCGCCAUGUCACUAGCCGCCGCCGAUUCCGGUGAUAUCCAUCGCUACACUCCGGAGGAGGUCGACAAUUUUCACAAUGACAACGUCGAAUCAUCAGAACUUCAACUUCCUUCUAUAACACCGUCGAUCCCUCGUUCCUUCCGCGGCACGUUCGUGAUGGUUCCGCCGGAAAAGCUUCAGAGAGUCCUCGUUGCUUCGGCUAAGGGUUUCUCGAUCGGAGCUGGUAUUAAAGGCGGUCUCGCUCUCUUCGCGAUCUUGGCACGAUUCGCGCGAAAAAAACCGCCAAGGAAGGAGAUUGUGUUGACGAACGGUGAAGUGAUUGUUUCGGCUUUGAAGGAAACUUUGAGAUAUGGUUUGUUUCUUGGAACCUUCGCUGGAACGUUUGUUUCAAUGGAUGAGCUUAUAGCUGCUCUCGGAGGUCACCGUAGAACAGCGAGGUGGAGGGCUCUGUUGGCAGGGGCGGUUGCUGGGCAGUCGAUGCUUCUGACAGGGUUAGAGGCACAACACACAAGUUUGGCCAUUUACAUUCUCAUGCGUGCUUCUGUUUUGGCAUCUCGUUGUGGGAUUAAGAGCAAAAGGUUCGGGAGAAUUUGUAAGCCUCUCACAUGGAAGCAUGGAGACAUUUUCCUCAUGUGUCUAUCCUCUUCCCAAAUAUUGUCUGCUUAUAUAUUAAAGCAAGAAAGUUUGCCUGCUUCAUAUAAAUCUUUUCUCAAUAAACAUGGUGGAAAGGAUGCAGUUAUCUUACAAGGUGUAAAAGAUAUAGCCAGUGGCAUGCCUUUUUCUAAUUUGGAUGCAAUAAAGAAAUACUACAAGACCAUGGGUGUCGACGUGAAAUUAGAUCCAAAUAUGAAAGUCCCCUGCUCGAUUGUACAUGGGAAUCAAUCAUGUGGUGACCACAUAAUUUCUUUUCUCAUUCAAGCCUACAAAAGAGCGCUACCUGUUUAUCUUCCAGUUUAUCUGAUACCUGCCCUAAUAGUUCACAGAAAAGGACUUUUAAUAAGGCCUAUUACAAUAUUGAGAAAGAGUCUUAUUGGCACUGCAAGAUCAAGCUUGUUUCUGUCUGUGUAUUGUGCAUCUGCCUGGAUGUGGACGUGUUUUCUCUUUAGGAUCUUCAAACGAUGUAAUGUUCCAAUGGUGGCCAUGGGAACGUUCCCAACUGGCCUAGCAUUGGCGAUUGAGAAGAAAAGCAGGCGAAUAGAGAUAUCGUUAUACUGCCUUGCCCGGGCUAUUGAGAGUUUCUUCACAUGCAUAGCUGAUGCUGGGUAUCUGCCGCAGUCUAGAACUAUCAAGAGAGCAGAUGUCGUAGUUUUCAGCUUGUCAACAGCCAUCAUAAUGCACUGCUAUGCACAAGAGAGGGAAGUGUUCAGAUCCAAAUAUUUGAAUGUUCUCGAUUGGGUGUUUGGUGUACCACCUCCUCCAUUUGAAACCCCGCGAUGCAAAGAUAGCUAGGCAAAAGUGUUAAGCCCAUUAGGGUAUUUUGGCCGAAAAAUUUGACUCGGUGGCACAUAUUUGGUGUUGCCUUCUCAAAGUAAAUGGUGGCCUGGGAACCUGAAUUUUGCGUUGAGCAAGGAACUAGAAUGGUCAUUACUUUAACAAAUGAUAAUAGUACUCCCAGAUGCAUUCUGUAAACUCGCGAAGGAUGAAGGUGUUUCGGCUGAUCAUUGCUUCAUGAUGUACUUUUCAAGCAAGAUACAGAAAUAUAUUCAUUGGAGUUACACAGGGUUGAUCAUUAUUAAAACCUCCAACAAUCAAUUCUUCGCGGUUCGGAUCCCCAUCCUGCAUACUUCAUCACACCCGUUGUCUUUGAAAUUUGGCACUUUUAUCCGUGUAAUCAUUCAAUAUUUUAUCAAUAUUUCAAAAUAUUUAUUUAUUUUACAAAACAUUAAUCAAUCCGGUCUCUUAGUCCGACUCUAUGACUUAACAGAAACGACAACACUAAUAUAAAAUGUUAAAUGUCUAA